GGAGCCGCGUUCGUCCACGGUGUAUGAACAUUGUCGUAUGUCAAUGUUUUAAGAUGGCGGACACGAACGAGAAGUUGUUGGCGGAACUCCUCAAAAAGUCUGGAAACAACGUGUGCGCGGACUGUGGGGCCAAGAAUCCAGAAUGGGCGUCUUACAACAUAGGUAUAUUUGUUUGUACAAGAUGUGCCGGCGUACACAGAUCUAUGGGAGCACAUAUAUCGAAAGUGAAGCACUUAAAGUUAGAUAGAUGGGAAGAUUCUCAAGUGAAUAGGAUACGCGAAGUGGGUAAUACCGCAGCGAGAUUGCAUUAUGAGGAACGUGUACCUUCCUGCUAUCGUAGACCAAGCCCAGAUUCCCCACAAGUUUUAGUCGAACAAUGGAUACGAGCAAAAUAUGAGAGGGAAGAGUUUUGUCAUCCCGAAAGACAAAAUAACUAUGUGUCAGGAUUUAUGGAAGGAUUUUUAAUGAAACGCGGAAAGGAAGAUUCACGUUAUCAUCCUCGAAAAUUUGUACUCUGUGAGGCGGAGGAUACACUCAAGUAUCAUGUCAAAGAAAAUAAGGAACCCAAAGCUGUGUUAAGGAUAUCGGAAUUGAAUGUGGCGUUUGCACCACCUAAAACUGGCAAUCAAAACAGUCUUCAGCUAUCUUUUAUGAAGGAUGGUACAACGAGACAUAUCUAUGUGUAUCACGAGGAUCCGGAAGUAAUCACGAAUUGGUACCUCGCAAUCAGAUGCGCGAAGCUGCAUCGAUUACAGGUUGCAUAUCCGGGUGCAACUGAAAACGAGUUAUUGUCGCAACUCACGAGAGAUUUUGCACGCGAAGGUUUUCUAUGGAAAACCGGCCCAAGACAUACGGACGCUUAUAAAAAAAGAUGGUUUACCUUGGAUGGCAGAAAACUCAUGUAUCACGACGAUCCCAUGGACGCACAUCCAAAGGGUGAAAUCUUCCUAGGACACAGUUCCGAAGGUUUCGCGGUUAAGAUUGGUGUACCGCCGGGUGCUAGAGACCAAGGAUUUUCGUUUACUCUCGAGACACCCGAUAGGACUUAUCUGCUCUCUGCGCAAAGCGAUGACGACAGAUCGCAGUGGAUUCAUGUGAUCCAAAAAGUGAUUGAUAAACCAUUAACGCCACAGGACGCAAACGUAGCGGCACGACUCGUAAGAAAGCGCACAGCCAGCGGAACAAUCAAUAUAUUUUCGUCCACAAGAUAGGGUUGGAUUCCUCUUAGACGUCUUUCUUAAUUAUUCACCGAUAAUCAUACGAUUGAAUCGUAUUAUCGAAAUAGACAAAUAUAUGACUCAGAGCACGCGCGCAAGAAUACGCAACAGUCGGGCUUAUUUACUCGUGCUGUUGCUGUCGAGUCAUGUAUUUACUCGUAUAUCUGCGCACGAUAACGUAGUUUAUAUAGAGACAUACACAAGACUGCUCUCAAAGAAGAAGUUGAUAAAACGCGGAUAUAUAAACUCCAAGCACCAAUCGCUCGUCAAUCAUAACACUCUUGUGUUGAAAGCCAAGCUUGUGUCGCUUACCGUCGAGUAGGUAGACAGUAUCAUAACGAUAUGGAAUUUUUACUUAGCAAUAAUAUUGCAUGUGAUACUUGUCUCUGAUAGCAUGUAACAUUCAGAAUUCGAAAGAAAUUCUCUUCCAGAAGUUUAAUUCAAUUUGUUACAGACUAAUCUGAUUGAAUGACAAGGCUGGCUUAUAAUAGAAAAUAUUUCAAAGAUCACCCAACAAUGUUCCAUAUACAGUAUUUUAUUUCUGUUUUUUUGUAUCUAUAUUUCUUAAUCUCAGCUGGUUUGUUUAAACCAUCUCUCAUUGACAUAAGGCUGCAAGUGACAAUGAUAUAUUCUGUAUAUAAAUAAUAAAUUCUGAGGGCCUAG